AUGAUACCCAAUGGUGACAAUGGAAAAGGGUCUGAAGCAUCCACUUCCUCUGCUGGAUUGUCACAAACAUGUUGCCGGUUCGAGUUUGACGAAAUCCUGUUAGCAACAGAAAAUUUUAAUGAAUCAUUAGUAGUUGGGAAAGGUGGUUUUGGGAAAGUAUACAAAGGCAAUAUUAGGAUAGGAACAUCCCAUGUUGAUGUUGCAAUCAAAAGGUUGGAUUUGAUAUCAAACCAAGGGGCAACAGAGUUCUGGGCAGAAGUUGAAAUGCUUUCCAAGUUGCGUCACGCUUAUUUGGUGUCUUUAGUUGGUUAUUGUAAUUAUGAAAAAGAAAUGAUCCUUGUGUAUGAAUACAUGCCUUACGGAACACUUGAAGAUCGUCUACAUAAACUCGAUACCCCCCUUUCUUGGAUUGAGCGACUCAAGAUUUGCAUAGGUGCGGCCCGUGGCUUAGACUACCUUCACACUGGUACAGGUACUAAGGUUGGUGUUAUACAUAGGGAUGUCAAGAGCUCUAAUAUUUUGUUACAUGAAAGUUGGACGGCAAAGAUUUCUGAUUUUGGGUUGGCUAAAAUAGGUCCAAUAAAUAAACCAUCAACUUACGUCAACACACUUGUUAAAGGCACUUUUGGGUAUAUUGAUCCAAACUAUUUUGCCACGGGAAGGUUGACAAGGAAGUCUGAUGUGUAUGCAUUUGGGGUGGUGUUGUUUGAAGUGUUGUGUCAAAAGCGACCAUUGGAUGAGACUUUUGAAUGUGGCCUAGCAACAUGGAUACAAGACUCAAUUAAAGAAGGGAACUUAAAGCAAAUAGUUCAUCCGGGUAUACGAAGUGAGAUAUCUCCAAAAUGUUUAAGAGGGUUUGCUCGGAUAGCUGAAAGAUGCUUGAAUAAUCGUCCAAAUCAACGCCCUACCAUGACCGAGGUUGUUUUUAGUCUUGAAUCUCUACUGACUCAAUCUGUAUUGUUGUCACAACAAAAAACCAAUAACUGGUUGCAAGCUCCAGGCAAGAUAUUUGGAAGAAUAUUUGAUGUGUUUCCCUCUAACUCCCCUGGUGAAAACUUAGGUACCCCAAUCUCUCGUGCUGAAAAUUCAGCUAGUGUGAGAGAGCCAAGGACCAUUGGAGCUCCAAAAACUGAGGUUCCUUACUCAUAUUUGACAAUUGAAUCACCAUCGUUAUCAUUGGACGAGCUAAAUAAGAUCACGGGUAAUUUUGGAACAGAGUGUUUGAUUGAAGAAAAUUUAGAUUGUUAUCAGGUUUUCCAUGGAAAACUAAGCAAUGGGAAAGAGGUGAUCAUAAAAAAGUUCAAUACUAGCUCUUUAACGGAUGCUGAGUCUGAAUUUAUAGAAAAAGUGAGAAGAUUUUCAUCAUUAUCUAUCCUACAUAAAAUGUUUCCAAUUAGCAAUGAUUGA